GCUCUGCAGAACCCAGCAACCAGGCUGCUGUGGAGCCACCCAAGCCCUCCACCCAGCCAGGAGGAGUGGGGUUGCCAGGGCCGCGGCCCCCCAGCACAGGGCCGGCUCCGCCUGGGCACAGGGACCUGAGUGAGUCUGCACCCGUGAGGAUGGACAUGGGCCAGGGGGGCCCCCAGGUGUGAUGUCAGCCCAGGAGCUCGUGGCCGGCCUCUGCCGGAAGGGGGACCAGCACCUGGCCCUGGGGGACCCCCUCCUGGCCACGGCCUUCUACCUGGCUGCCUUCAGCUGCCACGCCCCCUCAGCCGUGCAGAGGCUACGAGGGGCGCUGGCCGAGGCUCGGGGAGCACCUGUGGUGGCCACCCUGGAGGCCUGGUGCUGUGGGGACAGCCGAAUCCCCACCAUCCUCUGGGACGGCAUGGCAGUGGUCUCCCUGACCGGGGCUCUGGCCUCUGCCUUUCUCGGUGCCCUCUGCCCUGACCACCCGGCGGCUGUCCUGCACUCCCUGGCCGGGCUGCUGGCUCAUGGGCGCCACAGGGAAGUGGCCCAGCGCUGCACUGCCCUGCUGGACGCUCACUCCCGGCAGGCCCUGGAGCUGCAGCUGACCCGCGCCCUGGCCCAGGUCCUGUCUGGGGAGCAGGCAGGCGCCGGCGUGGCCGAGUAUCUCCAGGCCUUCGCCUCGAGCGCAGAGCGGACCGCAGCCUUCGUCCACACCCACCAGCGUCCCUACCUCCCCACGCUGCUCAGCACCCUGCGGGACCAUGUCUCAGCACAGCCGCGGGCCACCGUCAGCGACGGCCAGCAAGAGGCUGACGGCUGGGGCCUCCUGGCUGCCCUGGACCCCGAGGGCACCUGGAGCGAGGUCCUGUCACCAGAAGCGCUGCUCCGUGGUGGCAGGUAUGAGGACUGCCUGGCCGCCUGCAGCAGGGCCCUGCAGUCGGACCCCGCGAGGGACAGACCCCAAGAUGAGCGCCGGGCAGCUCUGCUGGUCACGCGCGCAGCGGCGGCCUUCUUUCUGGGUGGCCGAACCCACGACGUGCUGCAGGACCUGUACCAGGCCUUCCGCGAGAGCCCGUCCGCGGCGCGGAGGCAACUCCAGGCGGUGCUCUCAGCCACAGACCAAGAACGCAUCCGAGUCCAGGCUCAGGAGACCGUGGACUUGGGCUUCGCCCACUUCCAGGAGGCUGUCCGGAGUCGCCCCCAGCUCCGCGAGGAUGCGGGACGUGAGCUGCUGGUCCCGGUCACCCACGCGCUCCGCCUCCUGCUUCGCUUGGAGCCCGCAGGGCAGCGAACUGUGCUGGGCACCCGCCUGGCGGAGUGCCUGCUGCUGGCCGGGGACGUGGCAGGCGCUCGGGCGCUGUGCGAGCGCCUCCUGAGGCCCAGGCACCCCGGAGAGCUUGCUGGGGACAGUGGGCCCGUGAGGGCGCUGCGUGGCUUCUGCGCGCUGCACGUGGGCGACACGCGCGGCGCCAAGGAGGACUUCCAGGCGGUGGUGAAGCAGGGGGCUCCGCAUCCUGGCGGCUGUGUGCGGGCGCUGUGCGGCCGUGGGCUGCUGCGGGCGCUGGCCGGCAGCGCCUUCCUGGGAGCGCUGGAUUAUGUCACUGCGUGCCGGCUGCAGCCCGAGGAGGCACUGAUGACCGCCAAGGCCUACGUGCCCUGGAACCAGCGCGGACUGCUGCUGACCGUGCUGCUGGAGGAAGGCCGCAGGAUGCUGCUGCGCGGGUGUGGCCCUGGCCCUGCGGACGUGCCCUCCUGCAGGAGCAGAGCUGCUGAGAUGGACGGCCCUGGGGCACAGGAAGGGGAUGCCCAUGGCGUGUACCAGCUGGCCACGAUGCUGAUGGAGCUGGACGUGGAGGACGAGAACUCACAGCUCCUGGCAGCCGAUGCCCUUUACCGCCUGGGCCGCCUGGACGAUGCCCACAAAUCCCUGCUGGUGGCCCUCUCCCGGAGGCCCCAGGCAACCCCCGUGCUGGCACGGCUGGCCCUGCUACAGCUGCGUAGGGGCUUCUCUUACGAUGCCAACCAGCUGGUGAAGAAGGUGGUCCACUCUGGGGACACAGCCUGCCUGCAGCCCACCCUGGACGUCUUUCGCCACGAGGACCGGCUGCUGAUGCAAAGCCACUGCCACGCACGGGCCCUGAGCAUCCUGCGAGCGAAGCCCAGCGGGGUGGACAGGGAGGCCCACACCAGGGAGGCCAUCGCCUACCUCUCUCUGGCCAUCUUCGCUGCGGGGACGGAGGCCAGUGAGUCCCUACUCGUCCGAGCCCGCUGCUACGGGCUCCUGGGCCAGAAGAAGACCGCUGUGUUCGACUUCAACUCCGUGCUGCGGGCCAAGCCGGGGAAUGUGCAGGCUCUGUGUGGACGGGCCCUCGUGUACCUGGCCCUGGACCAGCUGCAGGUGCCAGGCCACUCUCCCCUCUGGGGCUGGGCAGGUGGGGCAGGGAGGCCAGGGCAGUGCCUUCCUCCUGCACCCAAGGAGUGCGAGCAGGGCCAGGUGUCACGAGCCGUGACGUGCCAUCAGAACCCCCUCCUCCUCACCUGCACUGCAGGCCGCAGGAGCCGCACCCACAGGGCCACCUCCAGGAGCCCCACUCUUCCACGACUCCUGCACGGACACCCAAGCCCUAAGGCCUUGCCAGAGGGCCUCAGGAGAGAAGGCCGUCCCUGUGGUGACCUCCAGGAGGGCAGUCAAAGCCCUGCUGCCCCACCAGGGGUCAUGCAGUGGGGGCAAGGGCGGGUCUGCAGGUGGGUCCAUGCAGCCUGGACGUGCUCCCCGUGUGCAGCUCCCAGCUCUAUCCCCAGGGCCGAGUCUGCCCCUCAGCUGCCCCUGCCAGCACGGAGCAGGGAAGGCAUGUCUCACAGCCUGUGCGUUCCUCGUCCUCAGCCACAGCCCCCAACUGUCCUUCCUGGAUCCACAGGCAGCUAUGAGGAGGCCAGUGUUCCCCUGCAGGAAGCCCUGUGCCCCACGUGCCCACCGGAGGCGGCCAGGGCCCGGAGGGGCCUGCUCCAGCUCAAGAAGGGAGAUGUCCCAGCUGCCAUCCAGGACCUGCAGUGUCUGGCCGAGGUGGACGCCCAGGACCUGCGUUUCCUGCUGCAGCUCCUGGAGGCCUCGGAACGGCACAGCGUGGCCCAGGCAGCAGCCCAGGAAGCCAGCACCCUCCUGGACACAGGGCACCCCAGGCGGGCGCUGGGCUACUGCUCGUUGGCUGUCCUGGCUGGUGGUGGCAGUACCCGCCACCUGCGUCUACGGGCUGCCUGCCUGGCUGAGCUGCGGGAAGUUGACCGGGCGCUCCAGGACCUGGACCACGUGAUCCGGGAGGGAGCCGGGGUCGGGGACCUGGCCAGGCGAGCCGAGGACUUCAGCUCCCGGGGCCGCCUGCUGCUGAGCCUGGGCGACGAGGAGGGCGCCACAGGGGCCUUCGCCCAGGCCCUCGAGCUGUCACCGGCCCUGGCCCAGAGCCGCCUGUGGGCGCAGCCAGGCCAGGCCCCCACGGCCAGCAUGUUCCUGCGUCUGGGCCAGAGCUGCCUGGAGGAGCAGCGCUACGGGGAGGCCCUGACGGUCGCCCAGAGUGGCCUCUUGGUGAACCCCCAUCACGGCGGCCUGAGGAGGCUGAAGGCUCGAACCCAGAGGGAAAUAGCCUCCGGCUGCCGGCUGCUCUGACCAGCACUGCCCUCUCCCAGGCCCCCUCCCUGGGCACCUGCCUUUCUCACCCGGGUGCGCCACAGCUGCCUGAACCAGUGCCCUGCCACCUGCCCGGCCCUCGGUGGCCUCCCAUCUUCACGGAGGUGCAGCCUCCCACCAAGCUCGGGUCCCUUGGCAAACAGCUGGGGCUCUGGCCUCCACGCGGCCUCAGGUCUGGUCCUCAGCUUGGGAUCUGCAGGUUUCCCUGCUCCACCUUCACUUCCUUCCUGAUUUUCCAGGUUGCUCCCUGCCCAGCCAUCCCAUCCAUCGGUCAGUCUGUCCAUCUGUCCACUCACUGGCUCAACAAAUAUUUGUAUCCCCAGCUGGGAUGGGCCAGGCUCAGGAGUUCUGGAAGCCCAGGGGUGGCAGCAGGCACCUCUUCUCCCACGGUCCUCCCGACCUGGGGCCUCCUUCCCCAUCUGUUCAUUGAGGACAUCUCAGAGUUGGUGACAUCAAGCAAGGAGUGUGCAUGUACCUAAAUCCAGGGGGACCCCUGCAGCCCACUCCUGCUUUCCCCCAGCCCCGCAGGGGUAGCCCCUACAUGCCCCGGUUCACCUCACAGGGGUCUCAGUCCGUCUUGCUUGCCUGGCACCUUGGUAUGGCCUGAGUGUCCCCAGAGUUCAUAAGCUGAGACCCUAAGCCACACUGGGAUGGCGCCAGGAGAUGGGGCCUGGGGAAUGGACCGAUGCCCUUAUUCAAACAAACACGGCCUGAAGCCCCCCACCCCUUCCCACAUGAGGAAGUGGGAAGGCAACUCUGAGCCAGGUCCUCCCUGAAUCGCUGCACCUUGACCUUGGACUCCCACCCUCCAGAGCUGUGAGAAACACGUUUCACCAGUCGC